AUGGCAGAAGUAGCAGCAGGUCUCUACGCGGCCGAGACAGUCGUCGAAGGAGCUGCGGUGGGAGCAUUAGCCGUGUCCAAAUCGACCUCCCCUUUACAUCUCACUUUCCACAAAAUCUCAUCUCCAAGCCACAAACACGACAUUGCCAGAUCGGGACACACCCUCAAUAUCGUCAAGGGAAAAGCAUAUGUCAUUGGUGGCAACGAGCAGGCCAACACUGUCGUCAGCCUCACCUUACCAGUCGCUUCCUCCACCGACGGCGAAGGAGAUCUGGCUCCCCAGGACCUCGAGGGUAUCCAACCAGAAUUCAAGAAUGAUGACCGUCCACUUGAUCCUCAGGUCAGAGUCGAAGAGACCCGUCGUUCUUCUUUCCAUUUCAAUAGGAUAGGUCAUACUACGACAGCCAUCGACGACAAACUCUACGUCUGGGGUGGAAAAGGCGUGACAGCAGACCAAUCUGCCCAUGAUAUUCAUCCUCAAUCCUCAGACCAGUUUCUCGUUUUCGACACGACAACCAAUACCUACAGUACUCUGACAGCCGACACUUCAAAAUGUCGGGAUGGUCUACCCUCACCGAGAUUCAACCACACCGCCACAUCCUCCCUGCAUCCUCGACCUGCGUCGCUCCCCGAUGGCCCCAAGGUCACCGCCCACGGCACGAUUUUCAUUCACGGAGGUAGUACUGGCGCAGAUGGUGGUGGUGAUGCUCUCUCUACAGAGCUGCGAGAUACCUGGGCUUUCGAUGUUGGAACACGGGUGUGGACCAGGUUGCCUGACAUCCCAGACCCUGGUCCUUUGGAAGUCGCCAACGAGGGAAGAAUCGUGCACGUCGACAACAGACUAUGGAGACUCGGCGAUGGUUUCGGUCGAGCCAUGUACCUGGACCUGGCAGAACAUGAUCCCGGCCCGCCGAAUACUAACACCGAUCUACCUGGUGGUCCGAAAACAAACAAUGCGUCAGUGCUGGGGAUAGGCUUGAAAGGAGAUGGGAAAUGGCAAGUCAUCAGCUUUGGCACAGAAGCCACAGAUUCAUCCCAGACCACAAACACAACCUCAUCGCAGCUUCCUAUGCCCAGGCCUUCUGCCGGGUUGGUGCCCAUCACUACCGGGGCAGGCCGACAAUACCUUCUUUACUUCAUGGGUAAAGAAGUGAAAUCGGGCGAGCUUAAUGAUUUUUGGUCAUUCCAGACUCAGUCCGAGGGAAAUUCGGCAGCAGGUAUCAAGGACAAGAUCAGAGAUUUCGUUAGUCGCGCAAAGGAUUCAUGGAGCUCUGGUGAGCAUACCUGGGCGAAGUGUGAGCUGGCCAAGAAGAGUGAUUCGAAAGGGGCUCAGCACCAGCAGGAGGAGAGGAACGAGAUAGGCAAAGAAGUCGAUGCGGGCUGGCCGGAUGGUCUGAGUGAUUUUGGCUGUGACGUUUGGAAUGAUCAAGGAGGUAAUGUUUUUGUCAUUUGGGGAGGUAGAAGAGGAGAGUCGGUUGUAGGUGAAGGUUGGGUCGUUACAGUUGAAUAACAAACAAGUCUUUCCUCAUAUGUUUAUUCGGCGGGGGAAAAAAGUGUGAUUAGGUAAGAAAGUGCAACAGCAUAUGGUUAGCAG